AUGCAACCACAAACCCUCUACUUCGCCUACGGCUCCAACCUCCAUCUCACCCAAAUGUCCCAUCGCUGUCCGCAAUCCCGCUACCUGGGCACCGGCACCCUCCCAAACUACAAAUGGCAGAUCAACAUCCGGGGCUACGCGAACAUCGUCCCUUCCCCCGGGGAUUACGUCAAGGGCCUCUGUUACCUGCUGAGUGAGAACGAUGAGGCGGCGUUGGAUGUUAAUGAGGGCGUACCGUGGGCUUAUGAGAAGGUUUGGAUGGGGGUGGAGUGUUGCGCUGGGAGUGUGAGGGUUGUGGGGAGGAGGGUGGAGGGUGGAGGAGGUUGA